AUGGGUAUACCGCACUUGACGCGCUCGCUGUCACCCUACGGCGACAAAGUCGUCCUUCCACAAAAUCCUGCGGAUGACCAGAAUGCCAUCAUCGAUGGCCCUAGUCUGGCAUAUCAUGUCUUCUAUGUGUGCAUAGCUCGUAGAACAGGUGCUAGGAAUGCUCUAGAUGCCACUCCGACAUAUCAAGAACUAGGCCAGGCCGCCGUGAACUGGCUCGAGCAGAUCGAGACAUACGGACUGAAAAUCAAAUCCGUGUUUUUCGAUGGAUUGUUGCCAUUGUCCAAACAGAGUACGAGAUUGUCUAGGCUACAGAGCUAUGCCAACCAGCUUGUUACUUUCAAGGCGCUGAACAAGGAGGAUUUACCUUCUCGCAUGGAAAAUGUUCAAUCUUCCAAGUCCGACGUCUUGAGUGCUGUCGUCUCUUCCAAUCGACUCAAGGCUCUGCCUGCACCUCCAUUCCUGGUCCCUUCAGUAAUAGAAAUGCUUCUGGAAAGUCGUUUCGAUUUUCUGGUCUCGGUCAUUCCUGGUGAGGCGGAUGCAUACUGUGCAGAGGCUGCUAGACAGUGUGGUGGUGUCAUCUUCACGAGCGACUCGGAUCUGCUAGUACACGACCUGGGAGAAUCUGGAAAGGUGAUUCUCUUCCGAGAUCUCGAAACCAUUCAUCUACCAAGCCGAGGAAAAUGCCUAAAAACUCAGGAGUACCGUCCAGCUGCCAUUGCUAGGCGGUUCGAGCUGCUAAAUCUGGUCAAAUUGGCCUUCUUCAUGUCCCAGGAUCAUCACAAGAGUCUCACUGAGAACAUUAGGCUCGCAGCAAAGGACACACCAAUGUCAGCUGGUUUUGCAGAGUUCGCAGAAGAGUAUGGAUCUUUACCCGAGUUGUCCAAAUUGGCCAUGGCAGGAAUGGCUUAUGAGGCAAAAACAUCGAAAGCACUUGCUCGUCUGGAUCCAAGGAUAUCGGAGAUCGUCCAUCUAGUCCGCGUAAAGGAUAACCAAGAGGCACCGUCAGAUCUGCAGGAUUCCGAGGAUCUGAACAUGUAUCUUCCAUUCGUUAUUGACGACCCGACUCGAACAUCUGCCUGGCGGUCUGGUGUCUCAAUCCGAGCUCAGGCGUAUUCGUUGUUACGUGUGCUGAACUCGAGCAUCACUCAAGUCACCGAAUUCGAGCGAAAAGGCACUCGUGUGGCAGGAACGGUUGUUGAGCUCGACACCACAUCCAGCCCGAGCACUGUACUCGAAGAGUGUCUGAAGUCUCUACAGCAAGAUCUAGAACACAACUCAUCACUAUCCAGAGCAGCAAGAUGGCGUGCUGUGGCAGUGAAGCUUGUCUGUCAAUCCAAUCUUGACAACGAUAAGCCUCCACCACUCAGCGGUGAUAUCAGCAGACUUGUCACAGGCACGCGAGAAGGUAUACUAUCCUGGUCUUUCAUUCACGCAAGUGGACAAAUGCAAGCAGCGCUCUACUCCCUCCGAAUGCUGUCCCAAAUUUCCACCAUUGCAUUCAGCAUCCUCGAAUCUACCAAUCACGAAAUCAUCCCAUCAUUACACAGCCUCAUCACUUUACUCAGUGAUUUACCCACCCUGAGGGAACUCUUGGAUGAGAAGACAGCAAAAAUCGACGGCGAGGCCGAGGCUGCUAGAGCAGCCGUGCUGAGCACAUUACAAGGUCUAGGUAUAUCGCAAGACACCACGGAAACAUCAAUCAAGAAGAAGAAGAAGAGAAAGAAGAAGGGCGAGCACACUGGUGAUCGCUCACCGCCAGGCGUAGCAUGGAAAUCCAACAACAUGUUCAGCAAUCUCGUACAGAAAGACUAG